CCGGCUGUCAAACGAUAAGCAGCUGAUUUUGCUAGGUCCCUUUAAAAUAAUUAUUUUUUAAGGAUAUUUUGUGUAAUAAUUACUAUUUUAAGUGUAAACUAAGUAGAUUUAACAUUAAGUUUUGUAUUAAUAUAAUAAGUGAAGUGUUUUAGUGACGUUUACCAGUGUCUUUGAUGUCUCAGGUUUGUAGCCGUUAUAGGUUAUAAAUUUGAAAUAUCUGUUCGCCUUUGUACACUUUCUAGGUCGUAUUGUCACUAGUUAUUGUUAAUUGUGUUUUUCAAUUCAGUGUUAACGUGUGUACAAGGCUAGAACAAGUGUAGACAUAGUUAAGCGUCAUUAUUUCAUGUAAGUACCUACCUGCAACCGCUGAGCUUGAGUAAGCAAUUUCUUGCUUUGUUUUAGUGUUUAGUACAUUAAAAACCCAUCUACAAUGCAAACACGCAGAGCAGCUGCAGCAGCCGCAGCAGCGGCUCUCCAGCAGGAGCCUGAAAAGUGUGAUAAGCUCCAACUUACCUUGCUGGAAUUAAAACAAUCCAAGGAAUUUAGUGCUCAAUUGCUCAGUGAAAGAGAAGACAGUGAGAAAGAGCUUUUAUUAGUAAUUGAUAGGAAUGAUAAGUUGAAAAAGGAACUGUGUACAUUAGAGAGUGAUUACAAUAAUGUAAAUUCAGAGCGGGCCCGGCUUCAGGAGACGGUUGACAGGUUUAUGGAGUGCAAUGCUGCAUAUGAACAGGCCCUGAAAGACAUAGACUCAUUGGAGAGAGCACUGCACGACGCCCACGAACAAAUCUACGAGCUACGGGAGGCCCAAAACCAAGCAGCUGCGGCACACACUCAGACCUUGUUCGAGGAACUGGUCCGGCCUGACUCCCAGUUGGUUACCGCAGCAAUUGAAAUCCCUUUGGUCGCUACAGAUUUAGCCAAUGAUACCACCACACCAAGGUUAGUAAAUUGCAGCGGAAACAAACUAAAGAAAUAUAUUAAAUUGAAUAAAGUCAUUAGAAAAAAAGAAAAACUGUCAAAAAUAAAUAAAUUGUUUUUCAAAAAAUUAAAAUAUUGUAAAGUUAAUAUAGGCUUAGUGGAUAAGUUGGAUUUGUAUUCUGCUCAGUUAGAAAAUAGUAAAUUACAGUAUGAAACUGACACACAGGCGUUAAAAUCAAAAAUUCAGACUUUGGAGGAUUCAAUAAAAUCUUUGGAAGGCAUAAAUGAAAGUUCAAAAAAAGUUAUUAAUGAAUAUUCUUUGGCUAUGGAUGACUUAAUAUCCCAGAUAAAGCAUAAUUCAGACCGCUUUGAGUCGUUGACCAAUGCCCAGUCAUGUGCAUGUAAGCAGGUGACCGGGAUUUGUCAACCAGCACACUCUACCCAAGCCUGUAUGACAGUUUACAACAACAGCAUAUAAGUGGUAGUAGCUCUUUCGACACUUCUCUAAAAUGUAUACCUAAGCCUAAUGUUAUUAUGUACUGUGAUGAAAUUGGAAGCGAUAUGAGCUCAUUUCUAAACUUUUACUUAAAGGGACUUAGUACAAUCAACCAUUGUUUGCCUCAUAGUAGUUUUGAAAAUAUUUUAAAACAAAUUUUAAAUGACAGUGAUAUUCAUUCUCAGACGACACUGCUUAUCUUUAUGGGAAAUAGGGGCAAUGUGAACAAAAAUAAUUUGGUCAAAUACUUUGAACAGUUAAACUCAAUGGCAGUGCAUAAAAUUAUUUUUUUCACAUUCCCCUACUGUUCCCAAAUGUCAGAGGCAGAAAAUAACACUAGACAUAAGUUAAAUAUAGCUUUAUAUAAUCUUUGUACAUAUAGUAGUAAGGUUAGCAUAAUUGACACUAACAAAUUUGUUAGUAAAUACCAUAUGCCUAUGGUAUUUUUGACUA